CUGUUUGUCCUGCUGGUAACGAUGUGAGCGAGCCGGGACCUGCGAACACUCGGCUUCCAUCGCGGGAAAAUGCUGUGCUGAGGGUUAAUUUUAACAUCGGACUGAAUUUAGGGAGCUUCGGAGAGACACUGUCUGCCUUCAGCAUCCGAAUUGCUGAAGUGCAGCGUUUCUAAUUUGUUGAGGAAAUUCUUCCUGUAUGGAUCCGCCUUCUAGUGAUGGUGAAACUGGAAGAAGACCACUCUAAGCAACCACAGGAUGAAUCAGGUCCCAGCUGAUGCAGAAAAUGCUCACAGUAGCAGUGUGGAAUCUUGUCCUUCCUUGCGGGAUGUCCACUCUAUCAACCCAGCGCAGCUGAUAGCAAGGAUUGAGUCAUAUGAAGGCAGGGAGAAGAAAGGCAUAUCAGAUGUCAGAAGGACUUUCUGUUUGUUUGUUACAUUUGAUCUCUUAUUCAUAACCUUACUGUGGAUAAUAGAAUUAAAUGUAAAAGGAGGCAUUGAGACUACCUUAGAAAAAGAAGUCCUACAUUAUGACUACUCUUCUUCAUAUUUUGAUAUAUUUCUACUGGCAGUCUUUCGGUUUAAGGUGUUAAUACUUGCAUAUGCAAUGUGCAGACUGCGCCAUUGGUGGGCAAUAGCUUUUACAACAGCAGUGACCAGUGCCUUUUUAUUAGCAAAAGUAAUUAUUUCACAGCUGUUCUCACAGGGUGCUUUUGGCUAUGUGCUGCCCAUCAUAUCCUUCAUACUUGCCUGGAUUGAAACUUGGUUCUUGGACUUUAAAGUGUUACCACAAGAAGCUGAAGAAGAAAAUAGAUUUUUGAUAGCACAGGAUACUUCAGAACGAGCAGCUCUUCUUCGCCCAGGAGUCCUCUCUGAUGGGCAGUUCUAUUCUCCUCCUGAGUCUGUAGCAGGUUCUGAUGAAGACUUGGAAGAAAAACAAGACAGUGAAAAACCGAUUAUAUAGCAAAUAAUAAGAAGCAGAAAGAAAAUCUCUGCAGGAAGUUGUUGGGGUUUGGAAACUGGCAACAGCAUCUGUGGCUGACUUGCUGGCAGAGCUGCUGGCAGGAGAAUUUAUUCGUUAGAAAGUAAAGGGAAUGGUUCCCAUGUACUGUAAUACCUCAUGAAGAUGUACCUUGUUGACAUAUGUAUAUUAGGUUGCCUCCCAGGUAGUAUGAAAGUAUUUGUCUACAAUGUAUUUUAUUAUUCAGUGAUUCCUGAAGUUGGUCUUGUAAUGACUAGGUGAUUACUUCUCUGUGGUGAAAGUAUAUUUAAUAAUUGUUGGGUCUCACUAGAUAAAAUUAUUUUAUGUUAUUGCAGUUUUUCAUUCAUUUGUUUACCUUUUUUUUAACGCCAAGCAUUUUCUUUUUUUUAUGGAUAUGUUCACUUUCUAAAAUAAAAGCAUUAAAACAUGAAUAAUGCAUUAUGAUAUUUCAUUGCUUUGUCAUCGGAAAAAUCUGCAUUUGCCACUCCUGUAUAUGAGGGCCAAUAAGGACUCCAGUUUGCAAAGAUUUCGUGCAAAAUGUAUUAUAGUACUGUUUACCUGUAGGGAGGCCAAGUUAGUGGUGGUGGCACAUGACUUCUUUGUUGCACUGGCUUCAGUAUGCUCUUCCUGA